GGACGUGACGUCGGUGCAGGAGCCGGAAGUUCACCGGGUCAACAUGGCAGCCGUGUUGAGGGGCGCGUGUGCGGCGCGUCCUUCACUCUCAUGGUGCCUGGUGCCAUGGCAGACGACGUGCCGUGGCUUCCGCCGCGUGUCCAAGGAAGGAAGUCUUGUGCCCCCUCCUGCACGCAAUGGUUUGCUCCGUCCAGCUGAGUCCAUCCCGGGCGGAGGGCGAGGUUCUGCCGUUUCCCUCGUGCGUCCCCUGUUCUUCACCAUUGGGUUCUCGGGCUGUGCAUUUGCGACUGCCUCUAUCGUGCAAUACGAGGUGGUAAAACACCGCGUGAACAACUACCUGAGUGACGCGCGCAAUGCCUGGAUGGAACGCACACGGCCCGCAAAGAGUGGGGACUUCCGCAAACAGAUCAACCUGUGGUGGAACUCGCUGUCUGAGGGCGGCAGGACUGUCGCUGGCAUCAUCGCGAUCAAUGUGCUGGUGUUUGGAAUGUGGCGGGUGCCGGCGUUGCAGUCGAGUAUGAUGCGUCUCUUCAUGGCCAACCCUGCCGCAAAGGCCCCGUGCCUGCCCAUGAUCCUGUCGUGUUUCAGCCACUACUCACCCAUGCACCUGGCGGCCAACAUGUACGUGCUGUGGAGCUUCUCCCACAGCGCCGUCUCCAUGUUCGGUCGCGAGCAGUUUCUCGCAUUCUACACAUCCGCAGGUGUUACCUCGUCGUUUGCGAGCUACGUCUUUAAGACGGUGACGGGAAAAUUCACCCCCUCCCUCGGCGCGUCUGGUGCCAUCAUGGCCGUGCUCGCUGCCGUCUGCACCCAGUUCCCCGACAGCAAACUCGCGAUCAUCUUCCUGCCCAUGAUCCCUUUCACUGCCAGCAGCGCUCUCAUGGGGAUCAUGGCUCUCGACACGACCGGACUCAUCCUAGGCUGGAAGUUGUUUGACCACGCGGCGCAUCUGGGUGGAGCCCUGUUCGGCAUUCUGUACGCGUGGCGGGGAAACGAAGUCAUCUGGCUGAACCGGGAACCUCUGCUCAGAAUCUGGCACAACAUCCGCUCCCGCGGGGGUGGCUCCUAGCCCCGGGUGCGUGGCCUAGCCAUGAGGGGUGGGGCUUAUUACAAAGGGGGUGGGGUUUUGUGGGGGGGGGGGGUGGAGUUUUGUUGGAGGGAGCCCUGGAACUUUGUGAAAACAUGGGGUGGCACUUGCCACACAAUUGAGGGGAAAGGCUUUGUGUGGGAGAGUUUGGUGGGGCAUUGUAAGAGUGGUGAGGUGGACCAUGUCACAAAGUCUGGGCGGGGCUUAAAAAGAAGAGAUGCGAGGGGAGGGGUCUAAAUAAACGAGAUGGCGCUUGCUCUAAAAGGGGAAGUCAUUUUUUUUAAAGGGCGGUCAGGGCUAAGAUGUAUUUAAGAAAAAGGAGGUAGUUAACUUUAAGGAAUGGCUUUUACAAACGGGGCUGGGCUUAAUUUAAAAAGGACACGUUUGAUUGAAAGUGCACGAUGCUAUUAGAAGUGGGCAUGGUUUAUUAUUUAAGUGGAGGGACAGGGUGUAAUGGGAAGGGGGGGGGGGGUUAAACCAAACGUGGGCAGGGCCUGGCCAGAAGAGGCUGGGCCCAGUCAACUGACAUCAUCGUGUCAUCAGACGUGGCUUCAGAGAAGCCUUUGAUACUUUGCUUUGAUGACGUCACACCAAUACAGUUAUUCUGAAUAAACAAAAACACGUUAUUUGGAGGAGGCCGGAUGGCUUGGAUGCCAGCGCUGGACUGGCACAGCUGAGAUCCUCAAUACAAAUCCGGGUUCAGUCAUCCGUUGCUGAUGGUCCCCGCUCACGAUGUCACCGAAGACUGCACGAAAAAAACACGUAAAUACUCUUAGUUUUUUCGGUAAAGUCACGUAGGUAAAAAAUGAAAUUAAAAUUUUUAUUUUAUUUUAAUUUCAUUUUUUACCUACGUGACUUUACCGAGAAAACUAAGAGUAUGAAUCCUUGCAGUCACGAAAGUUUCAAAUCUAGAACACUAACGUAAAAUUUGGUUCUGCACUUAAUAUUGGUAAUUUUUAGCUAUUAUGAUGAAAAAUAUAUUAGUUUGACUGUCAUAUGCUGAACAUUAUUCGCUGCAGCAGGACAGGUGGGACAGUGCUGCCCUGCUUGCUACUGUGUGUACUUGGAAGAGAUAUCAGAGGUAGCUCUGUGGUUUCUUCUCUCCGUGGGCUUUUCUCGGACCAGAUGGUUGUGCACUGCUGUUUGCAAGAUCCAGAUAGAUCCUUCGUCCUAUUGCUAGACUGAUAGCAUAAUAGAGAUAUUGCUAGAAAAUAGACAAAAACACACAUCGUGGCUCAUGAACACACGCAAGAGCAGUCGUGGAUAUAUUGGUUUGGCUCUCAACACAAUCUGUUGGGAACCUAAGGACGAUUUAAGUGUGUGUGUGUGUGAUGGCAUAAUGGAUUAGCCACUUCCUGCACCACAAUUGUAGCCUGAUCUGGUUCUGAACAGAUCAUUUCAGCCCGGAACAGACUCGGUCAAACUAUUGCCCAAAUGUAAUGUCUCUGACCUGACAAUGAAAAACAUGUAUUAAAGGCUACAUACACUGACGUGUUGUAGUUUGAAAGAAA